GCAUGCGGGCGCGUUUGAUUCCAACCUAACCUAACCCUGCGACCUCCGGUCUAACCUCGAAACUUGCGGGCUGCAGGGAUCAUCGAGGGAGGAAAAAUAUAACAGAGAAUUGCUCUCCUUCUUCACAAGCGACAUCAUGAAUUCUUUAGCGAGAAUCUCGCGUAGGAAACUGUACCAGGAGUUGGCGGUGCGGUCGCAGUCGACCACGUCAACCUCGGAUAUUCGUAUCCCAAACAGAAUAGAACGCGGUUCGACAGAUAUCCUCAAGGCUUUGGAAGGUACGAUAUCCAGGGAUUACACCGCGCCACACUACAAAUAUCACGACGACCCUUACCUGGCGCCGCUGUCCAAAAUUAGCAAUCGCUCGUACGCCCUGGCGAAGGAGUCCGGAAGGAAGACCGCGAUGUGGGUUCGCCAGGAACACCCCGAUUUAUUUCAGCACAAAGUAGCUGAUCCUGAAAUUAAGGCAUUUGUACCGCUUCCCGUUUACACGGAGGAAAGUAAAGUGACGGAGGAAACGUUAUUAUACGAGAUAUCGAACAGCGACGUUGCCAAUUGCAUCAUGAUAUACGAUUUACUGAAAGGCGAGAUGACCGUACCAACCAAACAGGCGCUCUUGGAAAUGUUGUGCUUUUACAAUAAUACUGUACAUAUCAGCGAAGAAUUAUUCGAGACGCGUUGGUUUUCUUUAAACAAGAAACCGAAGAACUUGUGGAUAAAUUACCCGCAAAUCGAUGUACUGUUUGAAUUUCUGAAGGAACAGGAACCCACAGUAGCAGCCGCUGCGUAUACCGCACUGAUAUGUGGCUUAGUUAAACAUUACAAUCCGGACAAGGCUCGGCAUUUGUAUGAUGAGAGUCAAAGCAAAAAUAUACCGUUAUCCGUAGACGGAUAUAAUGCUAUAAUAUCGACGAUAUCAGUCAAAAUAGGAGAGGAGAAAGCAAAAUCAUUGAUAAUGGAUAUCUACAGAGCAAUGGCUGCAAACGGGGUUGCUCCAAACAUACAUACCUUUAAUGCUGCUCUCAGUGCGGCUGUUGCUAUGAGAAAUAAUCACGUAGCUGUAGAUUUUACACGCAACAUACUCGCCGAUAUCACGAAAUUCAAGCUAAAGCCAUCGUUAGCUACGUAUUAUUAUAUGUUGCGAAUUUUAAGUAGAUUCGGUGACGCGGCAUACAGUAACUUUAUACGAAUUUUAAAGUCUUUGAAGGAGGAGACCCUUAUCAUUCAAAGUGAAAAAGACUUACAUUUCUUUGUUACCGCGAUGGAAUUGGCGUCCCACCAGUUCUGUAAUCGUCAAGCGGGUGAAAUGGUGAACGAGCUUCUUCUCACCGGUGAAAACUACAAGUUCAUCAGCAAUAAUAUUACAGACCAUGUCUAUUACCGGAUGUAUUUAGAGUUAAUUUUGGCAACGGAAAAUCUCGAGACGUUCUUCGAGCUUUACAGCAAGCUUGUACCGCAUGUGACUAUACCGGAACCUACCGUGAUGAGUGCUAUAUUGGAAGCUCUUAAAUUACAUCCCGCGGAGACCGCCACGCGAUAUAUACCAAAACUCUGGUCGCACAUGGUCAUGUUCGGUCAUCUAGACAGGGAAGAGUUAUUAGAGAAUAUAUUGCACUUGAUGAGCGUACAUUGUAAACCCGCGCCCGAUUCUUCGUUGAAUGCGCACUUCGCAGAGUCAGCGCUCACUAUAUGGAAUCAUGUAGAAGCUCAGAAUAACAAAAGAAUGCGGCACUUCUUGAUCUCCAAUACAGUAGCGGGCAACGUCAUCCUAUUGUUGCUACGUGGAAAUAAUUUUGACAAAAUCGUAGAAAUUAUAUCAUCAUUGGUUCGUUCUCCGCACUUAAUCAAGAAUAACCAUACCAUUACAACGGAACAUAUAAACGAAAUAUUUGAACUGUGUUUAGCGGAAGCGCAUGUGCCAGCAAUUUUCACACUUCUGGAAUAUGUUACUUUCCAUAAUUUACAUGGAGCCGGGGAAAUGGCUCAAAAGCUACACAAAACUGUAUCCCUUACUCCUGCUCAGGAAAAUAUAUUAAUUAGUUUAGUGGGUAACGACGUUCUCUCAUUACAGGCCUCUGAUGAGAAUUAAUUAAUAAAGUACGUACCAUACAUA